AUGGCUUCAACAACAACAAUAGCAAUACCAAUUGAUGUCGUGGAGGAGAUCCUCCAAAAGAUUGCCUUGAAAUCUAUCAUCAGAUUUAAGUGCGUUUCGAAGCAAUGGAAAACGUCAAUCGAAUCCCAUAGUUUCAUCGAUAGACAUCGGAUGGAUAGCUCCCGGCGCCGGAAAAUCCUUUUGGCUUUCGGUUGCCGAGACCACGGAGACUACUCUCCACCGUUUCUUUUCCCCGAAGAAGAAGACGAAGACGAAGUUAAAGAAGAAGAGAUCUGCUAUAUCGGCAACUGCGACGCUUCCCGUAUCUCACUUACAUGCGACGGUUUGAUCUGCAUCCCGGGGUCGGAUUCCAUUGAAGUUUGUAACCCGGCGACUCGAGUAUCCCGGCGAUUCCCUACCGGCGAAUCUCUCGUCUCGAAUCCAAUCUUUCUUCAUAAAGGAACCGGGGGUAUCCCCGCCGAAUCUCUUGUGCACCGUCAAAGAUAUUUAGAGCAUGAACACGUGCCUAAGUUCCCGACGGCGGCACCAAGCUCGUUUGGAUUCGGUAAAGAUGAAGUUACCGGUGCGUAUAAAGUCGUUGAGCUACGUGCUCAUCCUCGUUCCUCGCUCAUCGUUGGCGAGUGCAAUGUUCUUGAUCUCCAAACCGGGCGGUGGAGACACGUCAACAUCGUUCCUUAUAAGGUUUUUGCCAGGGAAAGAUCCGUCUAUGUCAAUGGUUCCCUUCACUGGUUCACUGUUGAUCUCUGGGAACCCAACGCUUCAAGAAUUGUUGCGUUUGAUCUUCAUCUUGAAGAGAUUAGAGUCGUCUCCCACCCAAACCCGAUCUAUUCUUCAGACGAUGGCGGCACUCCCUAUUUCUCUGAGCUUCUCCUCCUCCGAGACCGCCUCUCUGUAUCCGAGAUGAGGACCACUAAUGUUCCCCAUCCCCGACUCGAUAUCUGGAGCAUGUUGGAUGCAGUAAAACAAGGAUGGGUUAAGAUGCAUUCUUUGUGUUUAUGCCAACUUUAUCGACCACGAUCAAGUGAGACUCGCCUAUUCACGCCCUUGGUGAUUCUUGACGACGACCAAGGAGAUGGAGGAUUGCUGAUUGUUUGGGAUUAUCAAGAGUCUUUGUUCAUGUCUUACCCUAAAAAUUUCCUCCUUAACAAGGUUUCUGCAUACGCUCGUGUUGUUGCUUCAUCUUACUUCCAAACUCUGGUUCCUGUUCCCUAA